GAUGAUUUACCGCACAUACAGGAACAUAAUACCCAGGUGCAGGGACGAAGGACUUAAGCGUAAUUUUGGCAGCCCCAGGUCGCACUGGGCGCAUCAACAAUUAAGUUGUGCAGUCAGGUGUAGUGUGGUUGGGGGACUCAGCAGGAUGGGAAUAGAUGCCUGUUUUCGCUACUAUUUCCAGCACCCGUGGUCACGUCUCAUUGUGGCCUACCUCGUCACCUUCUUUAAUUUCCUGAUUUUCGCCGAGGACCCCAUCUCCCACAGCCAGACAGAGGCACAUAUGAUUGUUGUGGGCAACUGCUUCUCCUUCCUAUUCAACAAGUACCCGAGCCUUGGAUGGAACAUCCUGAAAGUAAUAUGCUGGACACUGGCCAUUAUCGCUGGCCUGUUCGCUGGGAAGUUUAUAUUCCACCGCUUGCUCUUUGGUCGAUACCUGCGCCUGAAAAUGUUCCGCGAGGAUCAUGGCUCCUGGAUGACCAUGUUCUUCAGCACCAUCCUCUUCCUCUUCAUCUUCUCACACAUGCACAACCUUUUCUUCAGUCUAUCUCUCUACAUGAGGCCUCACAUGGUGACAGACUACAUGGGCAUCAGGAAUGAGAGUUUUAUGAAGAUUGCGGCAGUGGGGACAUGGAUGGGAGACUUUGUCACUGCUUGGAUGGUGACAGAUAUGAUGCUCCAGGACCAGCACUACCCAGAUUGGGGCAAAGCUGCCAGAAGGUUCUGGAAACAAGGCAACAACAGGAUUGUUCUCUUCUGGACAGUACUCAUCUCUCUGACAUCGGUGGUGGUUCUGGUCAUCAGUACUGACUGGAUCAGCUGGGACAACCUGAACCGAGGCUUCCUGCCUAGUGAUGAGGUCUCCAGAGCGUUCCUGGCCUCCUUCAUUUUGGUCUUCGACCUUCUCAUUGUAAUGCAGGACUGGGAGUUCCCUCAAUUUAUGGGUGACCUGGAUAUGAAUCUACCAGGAAUGUCAACAACGCAUGUGAAGGUCAAGCUUCCUGUCUGCAAGCGUAUCUUUAAAGAGGAGUACCACAUUCAUAUCACAGGUAAGUGGUUCAACUAUGGUAUCAUCUUCCUCGUACUGAUUUUGGACCUUAACAUGUGGAAGAACCAGAUCUUCUACAAGCCCUAUGAAUAUGGUCAGUAUGUUGGGCCUGGUGAGAAGAUCUACACAGUGGAGGAGCCAGAAACACUCAGGGACUUCAACUCUAGCACGCUCACCUAUGAGUGGCGCUCCACCAACAUCAAUCCUGGCACCAAUCUAAGCUACGUGGAGCGGGACAUGUUCCUCCACAGCCGCUACAUCGGAGCCAGCCUGGAUGUCACGUGCCUGGCCUUCAUUCCAAGCCUGGCAGCAUUCGUCCUCUUUGGGUUCUUCAUCUGGUUGUUUGGGCGAUUUCAGGACAGUGAGACAUUUGCAGAAAAUCAAGUCAAGACAUAUGAGAGGAUAAAGAAGAAGUCACCAUCAGAGUACAGCAAGGAGAUGGGUGUGACGCCGGAGGAGAUGCAUGUGACUAUGAGUGAUAGUCUGACACAAUCAGGAACACCCAUGCUUCUCUCAGUAGAUGGGGCACACUUUGGAGCAACGCUUUCCACAAACUCAACUAAUUCAGAAGAAACCCAACAGACACAUCCGAGCAUUGUGAUUGGCAGUAGAGUGCAGGAGGAUCCAGUGUGUUUUGAUGCCCACAAACUCUCUCCAUGACCUUAUGAACUAAUUAUAAAUUUUGUAUAAAUGCAGACAAGUUGAAAAGGAAAGCUAUCCCUAACUUGUGCCUCUCAUGUAUUACCUUACAUUUGAGACAUAGAGAUGAGUGUCUGAUUAUCAGGGGAAAAAAAUACCUGGCAACUUUUCAAAAAUCCAGAAGGUCGUUUGACCGUGCUCAGCCCAGUUAUGAAGGUAUUUCCAGAAUCCUCAAAGACUCUUUUAUUAUAUUUUUACUAAAGAACACCACCACAAGAACUCUUUUGGCAGCAGUUAAAGUUGUCGUUAUUGUUAUUAUCUACAAUGUGAUUCAGUCAGCAUCAUCAUCACAUUAAAUUGUUUCUGACAAAAAGAUGCUAAAACACUCAAAGGAUCACUUUUGAAGUGCAUCCCACUCCAUAAUAGUGUACCUUAUCAGUUUUAGGCCAAAAUGAAUGAGAUGACAUUUCGUGUGGUCAUCUUUAUUGAUCUGGACAAAAGGUUGUAAUAAUGAGAAAUCUUUCUUUGUUUUGUUUUGUUUUCCUUGCACCAGAAAGGAUUAUUUUUUUUAAUCCAGCUGGUUAGAAGAGUCUUUGAGGAUUUUGGAAACACCUUUAAAAUUAAGGUGCAUAUUGUCAAACAGCCUGGAUUUUUGAAAGUUUGUAGUAUUUCUUUUCCUGAUUUGGGGAUGCUUAUCUCUGUGACUUGAUGGGUUAUGAGAGCUGGAUACAGCAGAACCACUCAGCCCAGUAGCCACUCGUGGAACUGCAGUGAAAAAUUCCCCUAGGUCCAAAAAGCAUUUUGUCCAUAAACCACAAUGAUAAAGCAUUUGUAAAACUGUUGACAGGACACCUCAAACUGCAAUGCAGGCCAGUUAUCACUCUUUGUAUUAUGAAUUUUUAAUCCAUGGAGCCUUUAUAUUUUUUAAAGUUCUCCAUAGCCUAGAAAAUGGAGUUGUAUUUUUGUGAUGUGCCCAACUGGGAAAAUGCUAAUGCGUAUAUGCAAUUGAACACAUGACACAAAAGCAAACAUGUUUUUGCAUAUGCACCAGAUGAGCAUUUUUGAGUGUGAGGAAUGGGCAUCUGGUAUCCAUCCAUCCAUUAUCUAUAACACUUGUUCCUAAAUAGGGCCACAGGGGGUUGGAGCCAAUCCCAGCUGACACUGGGUGAGAGGCGAGGUCCACCCUAGACAGGUCACCAGUCUAUC